CUUACAUCUUCCUAGUAUUUAUGCUGGUCGCUGCAUCCUGGCUUGAGUCGCAACUGAGUUCUAGUAGCAUCUUGCGGGACUAUUCCGAGUGCCGAUUCCAGAAUCCAGAUCCAUUGUUAUUAUGUCCAAAAGUGCAACUGCAACCGACUCUCGCAUCAUGCAAUAAUCUCCUGUACCACAUUGUAUAACACUCUCAUUCAUCUCUACCACCACCACAUGACCAGCAAUUCAUUCAUCUACAACACUGAAAAUGCCUGAAUACACCCCCCUUGAGGCGCCUCUGUACCCCAUUUCCGACGAUCCCAUCUUUAAUGACGCACAAUGGCAAACGCUGCUGUCUCUCGCUGAUGUCGUUAUCCCCGCGCUGACGUCUGAUAAACCUGGCAAAACAGCCAACCAAAAGACCAUCCCCGCGACAGAGCUCGAUUCUACCCUUUCCACACUGACUGCGCAGAUCCAAUCCCCGGGUCCUACGCAAAUAGCACGCCAGUAUCUGCAAGAAAACGCCUCGUCGCUGCCAGCCUUUAAGGAAACGUUGCGCCGAACGUUUGCCUUGAAUGUGCCCCAGGAAUCGAAGAAUGGACUGUCCUUGAUAUUGACUGCUCUAAACACCCGCACCGGCUCUCUUCUUUUAACUGGCUCAUCGACACCUCUUCAAGAGCAGACAUUCGAUGCAAGAGAAAAAGUGCUUCAGAACUGGCUGACUUCGCGCUUGCCGCAGCUACGCAAAGUUGCACGAUCAGUUGUUCUACUGUCAAAGAAAAACUGGGUUCUCAACAGCGAGAUUGUGUUGAACACAAUUGGUUUCCCUAGGGUACCCGUCUAUGGCAAACCUGCCGAGACAUUUGACUACAAGUUUCUGCAAAUCCCGCCGGGUGACAACGCCGAGACCAUUGAGACUGAUGUUGUCAUUGUCGGCAGUGGCUGUGGAGGUGGUGUCGCGGCUAAGAACCUGGCCGAGGCGGGCUAUCGCGUGCUCGUCGUCGAGAAGGCCUACCAUUACCCAUCAACGUACUUCCCCAUGACGCAAAGCUCCGCUCUCGGACACAUGUUCGAGCUUGGAGGAAACGCAGUUUCAGAUGACGGUCACAUGGCCAUCUUGGCCGGAGCUGCCUGGGGUGGCGGCGGAACAGUGAACUGGGGUGCAUCUCUUCACACGCAGAACUACGUGCGACAGGAAUGGGCAGACGGUGGCCUGCCAUUCUUCACAUCGCCUGAGUUCCAGAAAUCUCUAGACCGCGUCUGUGAACGAAUGGGCGUGACGACCGAGAUCGACCAGAACUUCCAGAAUCGCGUCAUGCUUGAGGGCUCGCGCAAGCUAGGGUAUAAUGCGCAGGUGGUGCCGUCGAAUGCAGGGGCUGGCAGGGGUCAUUAUUGCGGGCAUUGUACCCUCGGCUGUCACACUGUAGGAAAGCAAGGCCCCGUUGCGUCUUGGUUGGUGGAUGCUGCGAAUGCAGGUGCUGUCUUUCUCGAGGGCUUCAAGGCUGACAAGGUCCUGUUCGAUAACGUCAAUGGCAAGAAAGUUGCAUCUGGAGUCCAGGGUGUGUGGACAUCGCGAGACGCCCAUUUGGGGACGUCUGGGAAAGAUGUUUUGCGAAGGAAAGUAGUCAUUAAAGCCAAGAAAGUUAUUGUUUCGUGCGGCUCUCUCCAGAGUCCAUUGUUGCUCUUGCGAAGCGGGCUUAAGAACCCUCAUAUUGGCCGCCAUCUCUAUCUUCAUCCAGUAUUGCUUGGUGGUGCUGUGUUUGAAGAAGAUACUCUACCAUGGGAAGGAAACUGUCUGACGACGCUCGUCCAUGACUUUGAAAAUCUCGACGGCCACGGUCAUGGCACCAAGCUCGAAAACGUCGCGAUGGUGCCUGCCAUGUUCUUGGCCACCAUGCCAUGGUUGGACGGAGUACAGUUCAAAAAGCUAGUCGCAAAUCUGCGCCACAUGGCAGGAUUCAUCACACUGACCAAAGAACGCGACCCCGGCCGAGUAUACCCGGAUCCAGUAGACGGUAACCCUCGCAUAGACUAUACGAUAUCGGCCUUCGACCGCAAGCACAUUUUGGAAGGCUUGAUUGCUUGUGCUAAAAUAGCGUAUGUCAGUGGUGCCAAGGAGUUCUACACCUCUUACCGCGACAUGCGUCCAUUUAUUCGGUCAGAAAAAAUUGCAACAGGUGACGAGGAAGGAAUCAACGAUCCCGGUCUUCAAGCAUGGAUCAAAGAGUUCCGCAAAAAGUCCCCCCUGAACCCGGAAAACGGUACCGCCGCAAGCGCCCACCAGAUGGGCACCUGUCGGAUGUCAAGUUCGCCGAAGAAGGGAGUGGUCGAUCCUGAUGGCCAAGUCUGGGGUACGCAGGGGCUAUACGUUGCCGAUGCCUCGGUCUUCCCCAGCGCUAGUGGCGUGAACCCCAUGGUCACGAACAUGGCCAUCACAGACUGGACGAGCCGGAACCUGGCCAAGGCUAUGAAUCGAGGCAAGCUAAGUAAGGCCGGGACUGCUCGAUUAUGAGCGGUCCACCAAGUAUCUUUUACACAUGACAGGUUUGACUGGAGACAGAUCGAUGAUGUUCUUUAGCAUCAAUUAGCAUCAGCGGUACCGAUUUCUAUUCUUAGUAUACCAUU